UAUAAACUCUUAACAACGGGAACAUGUAAAUUGUUACCAUAAAAUGAAAAAAAUAAUAAUAAUAAAUAAAUCAUGAAAUUAGAUGACAACAUUUGUAAUUAUCAAUUAGUUUUUAAUUGCCUUCAGUUUCACAUUGUUUGAAGGUGAACACUGAGCAAGACAACGUGUUUUUAUAGAAUGCAGGAAAUCAAAAUUGGAUUUUAUUAUACGAUUAAUUGAAGGACUAAUCAACAGAUAAAUUAUCAAAUGUAGUUGCAGCAUUAACUCUCUCAAAAUCCCAUUACUAAUAAUUUAACCACACAAAUUAUAAAUAUCAGUCUUGCCAACUAACACAACUGACCAGUGGUCAGCACAUGUCUUGAUGCUGGUGGGCAUUACAUUGGGUCAAAAGUUACAGUCUGUAAAACAGAGGGGCAUUUGUUCACUGAGGUGGCAAGAAACUCUCCCCACACAUAAUAGAUCUAAUCUGUAGUUGCAUUGUGCAAAGCACCCAGUGACAUUCCACCAUUGUGUGCUUUUGAACCAAUACGGGGGCAACGCUGAGUUACACUUCAUGCAAGAUAAGUAAGAUCACCUUUACCCUCUCCGGCAGUGAUCAUCUCCUCAUCACAGCAUUUUGCACCGUCAUCUCAACGGAUGAACCACAUCACAACAUAUCCAGCGGCGGUAUACUCUGUUGUGAUUCAUAACUAGUGCGCAUCCGUGCUGGAUUUCACCCCGGUCAUGUCAGGGGGUCGUCGCCGCAUACUGGAGCGGUCUGCAUCGGAGGAGAGCGCGAGUGACCUGAGCUCCUCACAUUCUCCUGGAGACACCUUGCCAUGGAACCUCCCCAAACACCAGCGUGUCAAACGCUCUAAAUCUGCCUCUGGAGACGUCCUGGACCCAGCAGAGAGAGCAGUCAUCCGCAUUGCAGAUGAACGAGAUCGAGUGCAGAAAAAGACCUUCACAAAAUGGGUGAACAAGCAUCUGAUAAAGCACUGGAAGGCAGAGGCCCAGCGACACAUCACAGACCUGUAUGAAGAUCUCAGAGAUGGACACAACCUCAUCUCACUGCUGGAGGUGUUGUCUGGAGAGACACUGCCCAGAGAGAAGGGCCGCAUGCGCUUUCACAAACUUCAGAAUGUACAGAUCGCACUGGACUUCCUCAAACACAGACAGGUGAAACUGGUGAAUAUCAGAAAUGAUGACAUUGCGGAUGGAAAUCCCAAGCUGACCCUCGGGCUGAUAUGGACCAUCAUUCUUCACUUCCAGAUCUCUGACAUCCAGGUGAAUGGUCAGUCAGAUGAUAUGACCGCCAAGGAGAAGCUGCUCUUGUGGUCUCAACGCAUGGUGGAGGGCUACCAGGGCCUGCGCUGUGAUAACUUCACCACCAGCUGGAAAGAUGGCAGGCUCUUCAACGCCAUCAUCCAUAAACACAGGCCGAACUUGAUUGACAUGAAUAAGGUGUGCAGACAGACCAACCUGGAGAAUCUGGAGCAGGCCUUCAGCAUAGCAGAGAGAGACCUGGGUGUCACUCGCCUGCUCGAUCCAGAAGAUGUGGACGUGCCACACCCAGACGAGAAGUCCAUCAUCACGUAUGUCUCCUCUCUGUAUGACGUAAUGCCCAGAGUUCCUGAUGUUCAGGAUGGCGUGAAGGCCAAUGAGUUGGAGUUGCGCUGGCAGGAGUAUUACGAGCUGGUGACCAUGUUACUCCAGUGGAUCAGACAUCACAUCAUUGUUUUUGAGGAACGAAAGUUCCCCACCAGUUAUGAGGAGAUUGAGGUUCUUUGGCGUCAGUUUCUAAAGUUCAAGGAGACUGAACUACCAGCCAAGGAGACUGACAAAAAUCGCACCAAGCUCAUUUACAAGUCUUUGGAGGGUGCAGUGCAGACGGGAAAGAUUAAGGUUCCUCCUGGUUAUCACCCCAUUGAUGUGGAGAAGGAGUGGGGACGUCUGCAUGUGGCCAUUCUGGAGCGAGAGAAACUUCUGCGCUUAGAGUUUGAACGGUUGGAGCGUUUGCAGAGAAUAGUCAGUAAGGUACAGAUGGAGUCAGGUGUGUGCGAGGAGCAGCUCAACCAGGUGGAAACACUGUUACAGACGGAUGUACGUCUGCUGGGUGCAGGAAAGCCCCUCCAGCACGAGUCUGAGAUAGAAGCCGAUCUUAACAAGGCUGAAAACAUGAUCCGAUACCUUUUCAAUGAUGUGCAGUUACUUAAAGAUGGACGCCACCUACAGGCAGAACAGAUGUACAGAAGGGUAUACCAUCUACACGAGCGUCUGGUUAACCUGCGCAGCGAGUUUAAUCUCCGUCUGAAGUCUGGCGUGACUUUGUCGCAAGUGCCCAUGACGCAAUUGCCCAUGACCCAGAUCUCCCACGUCCAAACACUGCAGCAGUCUCCCCAGCGUGUCAGACCUGAACUAGAUGAAGUGACUCUCAAAUACAUCCAGGACCUUCUGGCAUGGGUGGAGGAGAACCAGAAACGCAUCGAUGGUGCAGAAUGGGGCGAAGACCUGCUCUCUGUGGAGUCACAACUUGGUAGCCACCGUGGCCUUCAUCAGUCUAUAGAAGACUUCAAAUAUAAGAUUGAUCGUGCACGGGCUGAUGAGAAUCAGCUGACCCCUGUCAGCAAGGGAGCCUAUCGAGAAAACUUGGGCAAACUGGACCUGCAGUACGGCAAACUGCUGAACUCUUCCAAAGCACGGCUGCGCAGUCUGGAUCAGCUACAUGCUUUCGUUGUGGCUGCCACCAAAGAGCUGAUGUGGCUGAACGAGAAAGAAGAGGAGGAGGUGAACUACGACUGGAGUGAUCGAAACUCCAACAUGACCGCCAAGAAGGACAACUAUUCAGGUUUAAUGCGAGAUCUUGAACAGAGAGAGAAGAGGGUAAACAAUGUCCAGGCAACUGGAGACAAACUGCUGAAAGAGGGUCAUCCUGCCAGUAAGACUGUGGAGGCUUUCUCUGCAGCUCUUCAGACACAGUGGAGCUGGAUCCUUCAACUCUGUUGCUGCAUUGAGACUCAUCUCAAAGAAAACACUGCUUACUUUCAGUUCUUCUCAGAUGUUAAAGAUGCUGAAGAGAGGAUGAAGAAGAUUGAAGACAUGAUGAAGAAGAAAUAUGUGUGUGAUCGUUCCAUCACAGUCACACGGCUGGAGGAUCUGCUACAGGAUGCAGAGGAGGAGAAAGAUCAGCUGAAUGAGUUUAAGACACACCUGGAGGGUCUCAAAAGGAGAGCCAAGACCAUCAUCCAUCUGAAAGCAAGGAACCCUGCUUACCCCGUCAAGGGCAAAAUACCCGUUCAGGCUGUCUGUGACUUCAAACAAAUGGAGAUAACAGUACACAGAGGAGACGAGUGUGCCCUGGUGAACAACUCCCAGCCGUACAAGUGGAAAGUGCAACACUCCAGUGGGAAUGAAGCCACAGUACCGUCCAUCUGUUUCAUAAUCCCUCCCACCAACAAAGAGGCCGUGGACAUGAGCUCUGGUUUGGAUGCAAGUCUGCAGGGGCUGAUGGUUCUGUGGCAAAGGCUGCAUGUGGAUAUGAAGAGCCUGCUGUCCUGGCAGUACCUUAUGCGACAUAUCCAGCUUAUCAACUCCUGGAACUUCAUCAUGUUCAAGUCUCUGAGAGUGGAAGAGUAUCGAGUGGCCCUGAAGAAUCUGGAGCUGCACUACCAGACCUUCUUGCGUGACAGUCAAGAUUCUGAACUCUUCGGUGCUGAUGAUCGCCUGCAAGCUGAGAACAGUUACGGCAAAACCACUCAGCACUAUGACAACCUUCUACGCUCUGUUGAACAAGGGGAACAGGAUGAGUCAGUGUGCAAGAGUUAUAUUACACAGAUAAAAGACUUGAGGCUGAGGCUGGAAGGCUGUGAGUCCCGCACAGUUAACCGUCUCAGACAGCUGGUUGACAAGGAGCCUCUCAAAGCCUGUGCACAGAGGACCACUGAACAGAAGAAAGUCCAGUCUGAGUUGGAGGGUAUAAAGAAAGACCUGGACAAGAUGGUUGAGAAGAGUGAAGCAGUGCUGGCCACCUCUCAGCAGUCCAGUUCUGCCCCAGUCCUGCGUACAGAGAUAGACAUCACCCUGAAAAAGAUGGAGCAUGUCUACAGUCUAUCAUCUGUGUACCUGGACAAGCUGAAGACCAUUGACAUGGUAAUCCGCAGCACACAAGGAGCUGAGGACGUUCUCAACAAAUAUGAGAACCAGCUGCGUAAUGUGCAGAAAGUCCCUGUUAAUAAGAAAGAGCUUGAAGCCAACCGAACACAGCUCCAGAAAUUAUACUCAGAAGCAGAAGACGAGAAAGCCACCUUUGACCACCUGGAGGAAGAGCUUCAGAGAGCUACGGCGGUGAACGACCAGAUUUCUCGGCUGCACAGUGAACGUGAUAUAGAGCUGGAGCACUACAAACAGCUGGUGGGCAACCUGAGGGACCGCUGGCAGGCUGUAUUUGCUCAGAUUGAACUGAGACAGCGAGAACUGGACCUCUUGAGCAGGCAGAUGCAGGCCUACAGACAGAGCUAUGACUGGCUUAUUUGCUGGAUAACAGGUGCCAAGCAGAGGCAGGACAAGCUCCAUGCUGUUCCCAUUGGCGACAGCAAGGCCCUUCAAGAUCAGCUGACCCAGGAGAAGAAACUAUUUGAAGAGAUCGAGAAGAACAAAGACAAGGUGGAUGAGUGCCAGAAAUAUGCUAAAGCUUACAUUGAUGCAAUAAAGGAUCAUGAGCUCCAACUGGUGACAUAUAAAGCCUUAGUGGAGCCUAUUGCUUCCCCUCUAAAGAAAACCAAAAUGGAGUCUGUAUCUGAUGACAUCAUCCAAGAGUAUGUGACUCUAAGAACACGCUACAGUGAGCUAAUGACUCUCUCAAGCCAGUAUAUUAAAUUCAUAAUUGAGACGCAGCGUCGUCUAGCGGAUGAAGAGAAAGCUGCUGAAAGACUUAAGGAGGAAGAGAGGAAAAAACUGGCCGAGAUGCAGGCCGAGCUAGACAAGCAGAGACAGUUAGCAGAAUCUCAUGCAAAGGCUAUUUCAAAAGCAGAACAAGAGGCAAAUGAGCUGAAGAUGAAGAUGAAAGAUGAAGUCGAAAAGCGACAGGACGUUGCUGUUGAUGCUGAGAAACAAAAGCACAAUAUCCAGAAAGAGCUUCAGGAGCUUAAAAGCCUUUCAGAGCAGGAAAUCAAGUCUAAAACACAACUGGUAGAGGAGGCCCUCCAAAGCCGCACCAGAAUUGAAGAAGAGAUCUGUAUUAUCCGGCUCCAGCUAGAGACAACAACAAAACAAAAAACAACUGCUGAAACAGAGCUUCAGCAGCUCAGGGACAAAGCAGUAGAGGCCAACAAACUGCAAAAGGCAGCCCAGGAAGAGGCAGAGAAGCUUCGGAAGCAAGUUGCCGAAGAGACUCAGAAGAAACGCAAUGCAGAAGAAGAGCUUAAACUGAAAUCUGAGGCAGAGAAGAGGGCUGCUAAAGAGAAGCAAAAAGCCCUUGAGGAUCUCGAGAAAUUUAAGCUGCAAGCUGAGGAAGCAGAGAGGCGCAUGAAGCAGGCAGAGCUGGAAAAGCAGAGGCACAUUCAAGUGGUAGAGGAGGUGGCUAAGAAGACUGCAGCCACCGAACUUGAGACUAAACAAUUGUCCUUGACAGCAAAACUGGAAGAGUCACUCAAACAUGAGCAAGUAAUGGUCAUUCAGCUGCAAGAAGAGGCGGAACAUCUAAGAAAGCAGCAAGCCGAUGCAGAUAAGGCAAGAGAGCAGGCUGAGAAGGAACUAGAAACAUGGAGACAGAAGGCCAAUGAAGCACUCCGACUCCGGCUCCAGGCAGAAGAGGAGGCCAAUAAGAAAACUGCAGCUCAGGAGGAGGCAGAAAAACAGAAAGAGGAAGCCAAGCGGGAGGCAAAGAAGAGGGCAAAAGCUGAGGAGGCUGCCCUUAAACAGAAAGAGACUGCAGAAAAGGAACUUGAGAAUCAAAGGAAAAAGGCUGAAGAAACUGCUCAACAAAAGCUUGCAGCAGAACAAGAGCUUAUUCGGUUAAGAGCAGAUUUUGACCAUGCUGAUCAACAGAGAGCUGUCUUGGAUGAUGAGCUCCAACGCCUCAAAAAUGAAGUCAACGCUGCUGUUAAACAGAAGAAGGAACUCGAAGAGGAACUGAUCAAAGUUAGGAAGGAGAUGGAAGAUCUUCUGCAGCUAAAAUCCAAAGCUGAGAAAGAGUCUAUGUCAAACAUUGAAAAGAGCAAACGACUUCUUGAAUCUGAGGCAGCCAAGAUGAGGGAACUUGCUGAGGAGGCCACUAAACUGAGGUCAGUCGCAGAAGAAGCAAAGAAACACAGGCAGGUCGCAGAGGAAGAAGCAGCUCACCAGAGAGCAGAGGCAGAAAAGAUCCUCAAAGAAAAGUUAGCAGCCAUCAAUGAAGCAACACGUCUAAAAACUGAGGCUGAGAUUGCUUUGAAAGAGAAGGAAGCUGAAAAUGAGCGUUUAAAAAGACAAGCUGAAGAGGAAGCUUACCAUAGGAAAGCCCUUGAAGAUCAAGCAGCACAGCAUAAACAAGCAAUCGAAGAAAAGAUUGAUCAGUUGAAGAAGUCCUCAGACACUGAACUAGACAGGCAAAAGAAAAUCGUUGACGAAACCUUGAAGCAGAGGAAAUUGGUAGAGGAGGAGAUCCACAUUCUUAAACUAAACUUUGAAAAGGCUUCGACUGGCAAACAGGACCUCGAACUUGAGCUCAACAAACUGAAGAGCAUUGCAGAUGAGACCGAGAAGAGCAAAGCAAAGGCAGAGGAAGAGGCAGAGAAAUUCAGAAAACUUGCUGUGGAGGAAGAGAAAAAAAGGAAAGUGGCAGAAGAGAAGGUGAGAAAAAUCCAAGCUGCAGAAGAAGAGGCAGCAAGACAGCACAAAGCUGCUCAAGAAGAGGUGGAGCGUCUCAUAAAGAAAGCAGAAGAGACCAAGAAGCAGAAAGAGAAUGCUGAGAAGGAAGCAGAGAAACAGAUCCUUGUAGCUAAAGAGGCCGCACAGAAGUGCUCUGCUGCUGAGCAGAAAGCCCAAGAUGUUCUUCUCCAACAAAAUAAAGAUAGCAUGGCACAGGAUAAACUCAAGGAAGAGUUUGACAGGGCAAAGAAACUGGCACAAGAUGCAGAAAAGGCUAAAGACAAAGCUGAAAAAGAGGCUGCCCUGUUACAGAAGACAGCAGAGGAAGCAGAGCGUCAGAAGCAGGCAGCUGAGGCUGAAGCUGCCAAACAAGCCAAGGCCCAAGAAAAUGCCGAAAAGUUUAGAAAAGAAGCCGAAAAAGAAGCUUCCAGACGGGCUGAGGCAGAAGCUGCUGCUUUGAAACAAAAACAAGAGGCUGAUGAUGAAAUGGCUAAGUACAAAAAGCUUGCAGAACAAACCCUGAAGCAGAAGUCUCAGGUUGAGGGAGAGUUAACGAAGGUUAAACUGCAACUUGAUGAAACAGACAAACAGAAAUCUAUCCUUGAUGAUGAGCUCAAGCGACUUAAACAAGAGGUCAGUGAUGCUAUGAAGCAGAAAGCUCAAGUAGAGGAUGAGCUCUCUAAAGUCAAGAUUCAAAUGGAGGAGUUAGUGAAAUUGAAACUUAAAAUUGAGAAGGAAAAUCAAGAGCUUAUGAACAAAGAUAAAGACAAUACAAAGAAACUCCUCGAGGAGGAAGCUGAGAACAUGAAGAAAUUGGCAGAGGAGGCAGCAAAACUCAACUUAGAGGCUCAAGAAGCUGCAAGGUUACGGCAAAUUGCAGAGUCUGAUCUUGCCAAACAGAGGGAACUGGCUGAUAAGAUGCUUGAAGAGAAAAAGCAAGCCAUCCAGGAAGCAACAAAAUUAAAGGCUGAAGCAGAAAAGCUCCAGAAACAGAAAGAUCAGGCACAGGUAGAGGCUCAAAAGUUGUUGGAGGACAAAAAGGAGAUGCAACAGCGUCUGGAGCAGGAGACCGAAGGUUUCCAGAAAUCCUUAGAGGCUGAACGCAAGCGACAAUUAGAGAUUACCACAGAGGCUGAAAAACUGAAGAUCAAGGUAACACAGCUAAGUGAUGCUCAGUCUAAAGCAGAGGAAGAAGCCAAAAAAUUCAAGAAACAAGCAGAUGAAAUCAAAGCCCGUCUGCAAGAGACAGAAAAACAAACCUCAGAGAAACACACUGUUGUUGAGAAUCUGGAAGUGCAGAGGUUGCAGAGCAAAAAAGAAGCUGAUGAUCUGCGUAAAGCAAUUGCAGAACUUGAAAAGGAAAGGGAAAAAUUGAAAAAAGAGGCAACUGACUUACAAAAACAAUCAAAAAAGAUGGCCAACGUACAACAAGAACAAUUACUGCAGGAAAAGACUGUCCUCCAGCAAACUUUCUUAGUAGAAAAAGAGACACUGCUAAAAAAGGAGAAGGCCAUUGAGGCAGAGAAAAAGAAGCUGGAAAAGCUAUUUGAAGAUGAAGUGAAAAAGGCUGAAGCGCUUAAAGAUGAACAGGAGCGUCAGAAGAAGCAGAUGGAGGAGGAGAGGAAGAAACUCUUGUCUGCCAUGGAUGCUGCUAUCAAAAAGCAAAAGGAUGCUGAGGAAGAGAUGCUCAACAAGCAAAAAGAGAUGCAAGAGCUUGAAAAGAAAAGAACUGGACAAGAAAUACUUCUGGCAGAAGAAAACAAGAACUUACGAGAAAAACUCCAGAAGCUUCAGAGUUCACAGAAGCCAUACCACACCAAGGAAAUUGAGAUCCAAACUGACAGUGUCCCUGAAGAAGAGUUAGUUCAAAUGACCAUGGUAGAAACAACGAAAAAGGUCCUAAAUGGCUCUACAGAAGUGGAAAGUGUGAAAAAAGAUUUACCUCUGGCGUUUGACGGAAUCAGAGAGAAGGUGCCUGCGAGCAGGCUUUAUGACAUUGGUGUGCUCAGCAAAAAAGAUUUUGACAAACUUAAAAAAGGCAAAGCAACAGUGCAAGAUCUUGCUAAAAAUGACAAAGUCAAGAUGUGCCUAAAAGGUAAAGAUUGCAUAGGCGGUGUAAUAGCUGAACCCAACCAGAAAAUGAGCAUCUAUCAAGCUUUGAAUAACAAGAAGAUCACACAAAGCACAGCUAUGAUGCUUCUCGAAGCUCAGGCUGCAUCUGGUUACAUAAUUGACCCCAUCAAGAACCGAAGACUCUCUGUCAAUGAAGCUGUGAAGGAUGCCUUGAUUGGACCUGAGUUACACACUAAAUUGCUAUCUGCUGAAAGGGCUGCUACAGGAUUCACAGAUCCUUUCACUGGAGAUAAAAUCUCACUGUUUGAAGCUAUGAAAAAAGGCUUAAUUGCAGAGGACCAGGCCACAAAACUUCUUGAUUCUCAAUAUGCAACUGGUGGGAUAGUUGAUCCAGUCAAUAGCCACCGUGUGCCAGUCCAAACAGCAUGCACACAAGGUCAGCUGGAUGAUGAUCUAAGUAAAAUUCUGUCCAGUCCUCCAGCUGACAAAAAAGCAUUCAUUGACCCCAACACUCAGGAUAGCCUUACAUAUUCUGAGCUACUGGAGCGAUGCAAACCAGAUCCUGAGACAGGCAUUCCAUUACUACCCAUCACAGAGAAAGCCGUAAAAAUUGAAAAAACUUACACAGAUGAGGAAACUAAAGAUGUAUUUAGGAAGGCAAGCGUAACAAUUCCAUUUGGAAGAUUUAAAGGAAAGACUGUCACCAUCUGGGAGGUCAUAAACUCUGAGUACUUCACGGAAGAUCAGAGAAAGGAUCUUAUCCGUCAAUACAAGACGGGCAAAAUUACAGUUGAAAAAAUUAUUAGGAUUGUAAUAACAGUUGUGGAGGACAAAGAGAACAAGAAGGAACCUGCCUUUGAUGGUUUGAGAUCAUCAGUGCCUGCGUCUGAACUUCUGGAUGCAAAGGUUAUUAAUAAAGAUUUGUUCAAUAAAUUGCACAAUGGCAAAGCUACUCUUAAAGAGGUGUCAGAGCUUGAGCCUGUCAAGAAAGCCCUAAAGGGGGCAAACAGUAUUGCUGGAGUGCUCAUUGAGUUGACAAAGGAAAAAAUGUCUUUCUAUGAAGCCAUGAAGAAGGACUUGCUCGCAACAGAGCCUGCAUUAAAUCUUUUAGAGGCUCAAGCUGGAACAGGCUUCAUAAUUGAUCCUGUGAAAAACCAAAAGCUCACAGUUGAUGAAGCUGUUAAAAGUGGUAUCGUUGGCCCAGAGCUCCAUGAGAUAUUGCUGUCUGCAGAAAGAGCAGUCUGUGGUUACAAAGAUCCAUAUACUGGGAAAACUGUAUCUCUAUUUGAGGCCAUGCAAAAAGAUCUCAUUAAGAAAGACCAAGGUAUCCGACUGUUGGAAGCCCAACUUGCAACUGGAGGAAUUAUUGACCCAGAGAAAAGUUACCGCAUCACUCAAGAUGUUGCAUAUAAACGUGGUUACCUAAAUGAGGAGAUGAACAAAAGUUUGAGCAGUCAAUCUGAUUCUAGUACAGUAUUCAUUGACCCCAACACACAAGAAAAUGUCACUUAUGCUGAACUUCUAAAAAGAUGCAUCACUGAUAAACAGACUGGUCUCCCAUUGCUUUUGCUCUCUGAAAAGGCAAUGAAGUCAAAGGAAAAGGAACCACUUUCUGAAAUGCAAACUAAACAGGCCUUGAUUGAUUCUUCAGUUGAGUUACACAGUGGACUGUUUAAAGGAAGAAAAGUCACAAUUUGGGAAAUCUUAAACUCUGAAUAUAUUACAGAGGAACAAAGGAUUGAAUUUCUUCAACAGUAUAGAUCGGGACAAGUCACUAUUGAAAAAUUGAUCAAGAUUGUGAUCACGAUAGUGGAUGAGAGAGAAAGGAAGCGACAAGAUAGCUUUGAGGGUUUCAGAGGACCUGUAAUAGCCAGUUCCUUGUUUGAAUCUAAAAUCAUUGACAAAGAUACAUAUGAUAAGCUCCAACAAGGCAAAAAGAAACCUGCAGAGGUUAGUGAAAUUGACUCCAUCAAACGCUACUUGCAAGGUUCUAAUUGUAUUGCUGGUGUAUUUGUUGAAAAAACAAAAGAAAAACUCAGCAUUUACCAAGCAAUGAAGCAGAAACUACUGACAACAAACACUGGCAUGUCCCUGCUGGAGGCACAAGCAGCUACUGGGUACAUAAUUGAUCCUAUCAGGAAUGAGAAGUUUACAGUGGAUGAUGCUGUAAAGGCUGGUGUUGUUGGUCCAGAACUACAUGAGAAACUACUGUCAGCAGAGAAAGCCGUUACUGGUUACAAAGAUCCAUACACUGGUAAUAAGAUCUCUCUUCUCCAAGCAAUGCAGAAACAGCUUGUUCUAAGAGAACAUGCCAUACCUCUUCUAGAUGCUCAAGAGGCCACGGGAGGAAUAAUUGACCCAGUAAAUAGCCAUCGCCUUCCCAGUGAUAUAGCAAUUCAGCGUGGCUACUUCAGCAAUCAAUUGGCAAAAUCUUUCAAAGACCCCUCAGAUGACAUCAAAGGUUUCACUGACCCCAACAAAGAUGAGAGUGUCACAUACAAACAACUGAAAGAGAGAUGCAUGACUGAUCCAGACUUUGGAAUUUAUCUGCUACCAGUCUCUAAAGCUGAGUCUCCAGAGCAAGCUGAAAAAUCAUAUGUUUACACAGAGGAACAAGCUCAAACUGACUUAGCUAACACUCAAUUAGAUAUACCACAUGAAAGUUGUGCUGGUAAACAAGUGACAUUAUGGGAAGUCAUGAAGUCAGAUUUGCUUCCAGAGGAGGAAAAACAAAGGCUCCUUGAGCAGUACCGCUCAGGAAAAAUCACAAAAGAGAGAAUGAUCAUCAUUAUAAUUGAAAUUAUUGAACAAAGAGAGAUCACCAAGACUGAGCAGAGCAUGUCGUGUGAUGUAAUCAGACGCCGGGUUACUAUUGAGGAACUUUACAGAGCUCGUAUUAUAGACCUUGAAACUUAUAACCUGCUUCAACAAGGCAAGAAAACCAUCCGUGAAGUCAUGGAGAUGCCGCAUGUGAAGCAGUACCUAUUUGGAACGGGCAGCAUUGCUGGAGUAAUUUCAGAUGACUAUGAUAAGAUUGGUAUCUACCAAGCCAUGAAGAAAGGUCUCAUCAAACCUGACAUUGGCAUUGAUCUGUUGAUGGCUCAAGCAGCAACAGGGUUUAUUACUGACCCUGUGAAAGAUCAAUUGCUAACAGUUGAUGAAGCUGUCCGCAAAGGUCUCGUUGGACCAGAGAUCCAUGACAAACUCUUGUCUGCUGAGAGAGCAGUCACAGGUUACAAGGAUCCAUACAGUGGGAAGGUAAUUUCUCUCUUCCAAGCCAUGAAAAAAAAACUUAUUUCUGAAGAUUAUGCCUUGAAGCUGUUAGAGGCCCAGAUAGCAACCGGUGGCCUCGUUGAUCCAGAGUACUACUUCCGCCUCCCAAAUGAUGUUGCCAUGCAACGUGGAUACAUUAACAAAGAAACCUGUGAGAGGAUAUCUGAUCCAAGUGGAGAUGUCAAGCAAUUUACAGACCCAACAACAGAUGAAAAGCUGUCUUAUGCACUACUCCUCAAAAGAUGCAAAGUGGAUAAAGAGAGUGGCUUGCGACUAUUGUCUCUGGCAGACAAGAGACUUCUAUUUAAGGGCCUCAGAAAGCAAAUCACCCCAGAUGAGUUGUUGCGCUCUCAAAUUAUUGAUCAGAAAACCUACACUGCGCUCAUGGAAGGUACAAUCUCUGUAGAGGACCUCAGUAAAGACCUGAAGAAAUAUCUUGAAGGCAUCAGCUCUAUUGCAGGUGUGUUUGUAGAGGCUACCAAAGAAAGACUAUCAGUCUACCAAGCCAUGAAGAAGAGCAUGAUCAGACCAGGCACUGCCUUUGAACUUCUGGAGGCUCAAGCAGCUACUGGGUAUGUGAUUGAUCCAAUCAAAAAUCUAAAAAUGAAUGUCAACGAAGCUGUAAAAAUGGGAGUUGUGGGACCAGAAUUUAAAGACAAACUUCUCUCUGCUGAACGGGCUGUGACUGGCUACAAAGAUCCAUAUUCUGGCAAGGUGAUUUCCCUUUUCCAAGCUAUGAAAAAAGGUCAAAUUCUGAAAGACCACGGCAUCCGUCUGCUCGAGGCUCAAAUAGCCACAGGUGGAAUUAUUGAUCCUGAGGAAAGUCACCGACUGCCUGUGGAAAUGGCUUACAAACGUGGUCUUUUCGAUGAGGAGAUGAAUGGUAUUCUUACUGAUCCCUCUGAUGAUACUAAGGGGUUCUUCGAUCCAAACACAGAGGAGAAUUUGACCUACCUCCAGCUCAUGGAACGGUGCAUUACAGACCCUGAAACUGGACUUUCUCUUUUACUGCUCAAAGAGAAGAAACGGGAAAGAAAGACAUCUUCAAAGUCUUCAGUGCGCAAACGCAGAGUUGUUAUUGUAGAUCCGGAAACAGGAAAAGAAAUGUCUGUUUAUGAGGCAUACCGCAAAGGUCUCAUUGACCAUCAAACAUACAUUGAGCUUGCAGAACAAGAGUGUGAAUGGGAGGAAAUUACCACCACGUCGUCAGAUGGUGUUGUUAAGUCUAUGAUUACUGACAGAAGAUCUGGGCGGCAAUAUGACAUUGAUGAUGCAAUCUCUAAAGGUCUCAUAGACCAAUCGUCUUUGGACCAGUACCGUGCUGGAACUCUUUCAAUCACUGAAUUUGCUGACAUGCUGUCUGGUAAUAUGAGUGGCUUCAGAUCUCGUUCAUCUUCCUUUGGAUCCAGCUCAUCCUAUCCAAUGAGCCCCGUUCCCUCCAUCAAGACACCAGCUACAACCUGGAGCGACCCAACUGAGGAAACUGGACCAGUGGCUGGAAUCUUAGAUACAGAUACUUUGGAAAAGGUGUCGGUCACAGAGGCUAUGCAUCGAAAUCUAGUUGACAACAUCACCGGUCAAAGACUGCUAGAAGCACAAGCAUGUACAGGAGGAAUAAUUGACCCCACCACUGGAGAAAAGUUCUCUGUUGCAGAUGCAAUGAACAAAGGGCUGGUGGACAAGAUUAUGGUGGAUCGUAUCAACUUGGCUCAGAAAGCUUUUCAGGGAUUUGAGGAUCCAAGAACCAAAGCCAAAAUGUCAGCCGCUCAAGCCUUAAAGAAGGGUUGGCUCUACUAUGAAGCUGGUCAACGAUUCCUUGAGGUCCAAUACCUAACAGGUGGAUUAAUUGAACCAGAUGUUGCAGGAAGAGUAUCACUGGAUGAUGCAGUGAAGAAAGGCACUCUAGAUGCACGGACUGCACAGAAAUUGAGAGAUGUUAGUGGAUAUUCCAAAUACCUCACCUGCCCCAAAACCAAACUCAAAAUUUCAUACAAGGAUGCCAUGGAGAGAAGCAUGAUCGAGGAAGAAUCUGGCCUGCGUUUACUAGAGGCUUCCUCCCAGUCAAGUAAAGGCCUUUACAGCCCAUAUAGCAUCAGUGGCUCUGGAUCAGCUUCAGGGUCUAGGUCUGGAUCCAGACCUGGUUCAAGAUCAGGCUCUAGAAGGGGAAGCUUUGAUGCUACAGGCUCAGGUUUCUCAAUGAGCUUUUCCUCAUCCUACAGCCCCACUAGUUAUGGACGCCGUUAUGAUUCAGGGGCUUUUAGUGGAUUUAAAAUAGAUGAGCUAAAGCAGGCCCUUACAAUUUUAGCAUCAGGCAUGAACUGUUGCUAUGAUGACAAGGGAAUUAUCACAUUAUCACAAUCACAGUCCAUUUUAGUUGCUUGAUUAAUGUACAUAAAAGGAAAUUUAUCUUGCUCUGCAUGAUAUUGCUACUGGGCUUUUCACUGAGGGGUGUAAUAUUGCUAUUUAAGACUGGCUUUAAUAUUUUGUUUCAUUAUAUAUAUAUAUAUAUAUAUAUAUAUAUAGUUUGUCUUAUUUUUCACUCUCUCUUUUCAGUUUGAAAUGGCAGUAUGAAUCUACAGGUGCAUCUCAAUAAA